AUGGGCGCGGGCGACGUGGUGGUCGUGAGCGCGACGUGUGGAAGUGAUGGGGACGCGAGACCGUGCGCGAUGUUGGCGGACGCGCUGGGAGAGGUGCUGCGAGAGACGAGGGUUGUGUUCAUGAGUAAUCCGACGUUCGAGCGAGAGUGCGCGCGCGCUGAGUUCGUGGGAGUGGGCGACGGCGAUGAAUACGAGGCGUUGCGUCGGGAUCACGGCGGACGAGGGCGAGACGGUGGGGCAAUCGUGCGGUUUUGGAUGUCGACUUGGGAGGAACACGCGCGCAAACUCGAGAAGCUCAUUUCGAGCGCGCGAGGACGGAUCAUCAUCAUGGCGCACACGCUGGAUCUCGCGGUGCGAUGCAUCGAAGAGCGAGAGAUUCGCGAGCGUGGCGUUCGUUCACGGGUGGAAUGUUUCUCAGUCGUGCUCUCUCCCGCGCUAGUGAGGAAGCCAGAUUUGAAAAUUCCACCGUAUCUGUAUGAGACGGUGUCGUGCAUUCGACCGAGACGUCUCGCCAUUUGGUUCGCACACCGCCUCGUCGAUGCCGCUUUCGUGCCGAGAUUGAAUCAUUUUCGCGCGGCGUCCAUGGGAUCGAAUGACCCAGUUCGUGGCGGAGUUUUUGAGGAUUGGUUUUUAUGUCAAGGAGGCGCGUUCGCGAUGUAUCCAGAGAUGUUUGCUCAAGCACCCGAAGGAUUCCAUCAGGUGUGCUUUCCCUUAAGGUCCCCCGAUGUCGAUGAGUCUUCGUGCGAAGCGGUUCGUAAAGUGCGGUGUUUCAUCGAUCGAGCCGACUCUCCGACGAUCGUGUUCGUCUCAGCCAGUGGGAAUCCACCGUUUGCGGCGAAGUACUUCAAAGCGGCGGCAAAAGCGAUGCGGGCACUAGGCAGCUGCGCACAGGCAGUGUUUCUCACCAGACACGCUGAUCGCUUGCCACCACUUCCAAAUAAUUCGAUACACAUACCAUUUCUUCCACUCGAAGCGUGUGCGGGGAUACAUAUCGACCUCUUCGUCAGCCACGGCACGAUCGGUUGCUUGGCGCACGCAUUGAGAUUCGGCUGGCCUCAGCUGGUUGUGCCAGCUGCUUGGGACCAGCCUUUCCACGCAGCUCUCCUUCGAUCUACUACUAACGCAAGAGCAUUGCCGAUGAAAUGCCUCACGUGGCGACGACUAAGAAGGGUUAUGGAGGAGAUUCUCAAAGACGAAGUUGCUCUUGUUGAGGCUCGACGAAUUGCAAAGAAGCUCGAGGCCGAUUCGGCGUCGAUCACAGACGUCGCCGUAGUAAUCGCGGGGCGCCUGAACGAACCUAUCUGCGAUCUAAACUAA